UAUGAAUGUGGUUGGUGUGGAAAACGUUUUUCUAGACCGUCUAGCUUGAAGAUCCAUCAUCAUUCGCAUACAGGUGAAAAGCCUUUUGUUUGUAAUGAACCUGGUUGUGGACGUACGUUUAGCGUGCAAUCCAAUUUGCGAAGACAUCAAAAGAGUCAU